AUGGAUAGAAAUAAUAUGAGAUCAAACUAUGUAAAUAGUGGGCCUCGGUCACUGCCACACAUGGGGGGUGGUAAAAGACACAAUGGCAAUGGCCAUAAUGGAUCAAGACUCAGUCCUCCAGCACAGCUGGCAAACAAUAACCACAAUAACAAUAAUCAGCAUGAUGAUCUCAUUAAUUAUAUAUUUGAAUCUUGGAAUAAGGUGACCCGUGAACUAGAAAGAGGCAGUGAAGAUGCAAAAUACUAUCAAGAAGUUCUCGCCCCACGCCAACUUGCAAACUUUAGACCAUUCAAUCUGGAAGAAUGGUGGGGCCGUAGAGUGAUUCAAAGCAUAAACCGCAAUAAGCACCGCUCU